CAUAGUUGUCACAAGGUUUGAAAAUUGGUGAAUAUCACCAAGGGUAUAACCAAUAUUCCUUAGUUUGAGCAGGGGUACAGUCAAUCAAAUGUGAUGCAUCUAGACCAAUGUCACACAAGCAAAAAUAUUUGAUGGAUUACAAUGUAUAAUGGUUAUUGUUGUAUCUCUCUGUUAGUACAUCUGCUAUGGUUCAUCAAUUUAGAAGGCAGUAUUGUACUCUAUGGCUUAGUAAAUUCAAAGUUUGUUUGAAUUGAAAAUUUCCCACUGUGUCUAAACUCAGAGAUAUUAAAAAUAUCUUACUAUCCUUUUCUCAGUUUGUACAGUAAGUUGUGGAACAUAGUUUUAUCUGCACAGAUUUAUGGCUUGAGUGCUUGGUGCUUGGGCCAUAAUUUGAGUGAAAAAAAAAACUAGUCAGUAACAUACAGAACAGACCUUGAACUAGUUCUCUUUAAGGUUGGGAAAAAACUCAUACAGCAUAAUCUUUAAACUAUGACGACAAACCUACAGGAAGCUUUAAUGUUUGUGACUCAAGAAUAAUGAUGAGGAACAGCAACACAAGUAGUGUUACAAGACAAGUACACUUUGCAAAUGGUUUUCCACCAAAGGGUCUGGUGCAAGCUGUAGUUCCCUACCAACAGUCAACAUCAGCUGUGAAGCACUAUGUCAGCUUGGAUGAAGUUUCACCUGGCCAGAUUAGAAGAACACACCGAACAAUUCCACCUCUGGCCAUGGGGCGUGGUCAGUUCUGUAGCAUCAGAGCUAGACCUGAAGAUGAACGAUAUAAGAGAAGACCAGAUCCUUUCAAAUUACCCAAGGCUGCAGAGAAGACUGGAUUUUCUGCUUCACAAAUUAAGCAUGCUAAGCCGAGAAUUUUGAGAGCAUGCCAUUCAACAGAGCCAGCAACUCCCUCUCCUGUCACUACCCCGGUCUAUGAUGUGAGAUAUUCAACAAGGAGAACAGUUUAUUCCAAUCCACCAAACAGGCCCCAGGAAAGUGAUCUUGAAGAUAACUUUGUGCUUCCAGCAGAGCUUAACUCCAAAAAUAAUAAAAUUAUAUCUGAUGUUGAAAGCCAAACCAUUCAGGCAGAGCUUGCUGGGCUUGAGGAAGUCUAUCAACGAGUAUGUCAUGGAAGAAUAGAGUCUCUACACAGUCUUAUGUAUCCUAGUCGAAGGGAUACCAAAAAGGGUUUAGUGCAGUACAUUAACACUUCUGCACCAGUGCAGCUUAGGACACCACAGAUUUCUCGGUACUCCAAGAAAGCACCUGCUGCUAAAAAUCUGAAAUAUAAAGUGGAAACAGAUACAGCUGAGACAAAUGAUAUGGGAGAGACAAAGAAUGGGGAAUUACAGGGAUCUAGUUCUGCUCCUGAUAUAGAAAACAAGCAAGAGAACAAUGAUCGUCCAAUUCUGAUCCCUCUUCCAUAUGUCAGAUCAGAUGUCAGUUUAACAACAAUUACAAAACAGCAAACUUACCAUGUACCUUACAUGUAUAGCAGUAGGAAUACCCAGGCAGUCCUGAGGCAGCCUUCUACACUCAGUAAUACUGCAGUACCUGCAGUCAUAAACUUUAAUCCAAUGAAUAUACCUGAACUUCCUCACUCAGGAGCAAAGAAUAGUAUACCUAGUAGAGGUGUUGUCACAGUAACUUUAACAAACAAGUCCAGCAAUAAUACAGAAAAUGUGGGUCACAAUCCUAUGCCUGCUCCAUAUGUCUCCCCCAGUCCUUUUAAAGGCACCACACCCAGUCAGACACCAGCAACACCAGCAUUAGUUGUUGGAAGGAGUGACAUGUUAAACAAACUGGAAGUUGAGAGUGUGGACUCUGAAGUGGAUUACUCUGCUCAUGGAGUUCAGGAAAGCUUAACCAAUAAUCAAAGAGAAGAGAAGAUAGCUUCAAAUCAGACAGAAGAUGCUGCUAGCAAAAAUCUUGAUAAAGAAAUGGUGGCAAGUGAAAUUAGGCUAAGUGUUACUACAGAGGGAGGCCUACAGGGUGGUGUGGAAAUUUAUGAUUAUACUAAAAGAGACAUUGAGAGUGAACGGCAAGCUGCAAAACAUCUUGAGGAGUUUGAGAAAAUUGGAGAGAAACAUAUAAAAGAGUACAAUGAUCUUCUUGAGGAGCAUCAGCAUAUUUUGGAUGAGGUCAAACAACUUGAACAAGAACUUCGCAAAGAGGAAAUUCAAUAGCCAGAUAUUUUUAUUAUUAAUGUGUCACAAGAAUUAAGCAAAACACAGUCUCCUAUGAAUAGAUUGUUUCACUAGCCACCAGCCUUAAUCACCUUGGUCAGAUUUGUUUUUCUUUUGCAUUGAAGAAUUUUUACCAAAAGUAAUUUUUUUGCUCCAUUUAUAUCUAGCUCCUACCCCCCUCCCCCUCCUCCUCCUUUUUUA